AUGUCUAGUGUAAACUGUGUAAACUCAGGAGAACGUCUUGACGAAACUUCCAGAAAUGCUGCGCAUGCCUCCCUUAUUAAGCGUGACUCUGAAAUUGAAUGCGUGCUAUCACAGACCCACGAGGUCAACAGCCCAGGGUCGACAAUGCGACAGUCGUCCCCAUCUACACAUGUUGAAGCGACUUCGACACAACCAUCACAACAGCCACCUGCAUCACCCAUGCCCCUUCCGGAUGUUGUCGACGAAAAGGAGGAAGAGAACUGUUUUCACCAAGCCUACGUUUCAAAAACGAUGGAUGAAAUGAAGCUUCGCGAGAACCUAUUUAAAACCUUGGGUGAAGCCUUUGAGCAGAACGUAAUAAUGGACGAAAGCGUAAUAGAACUUCUCACGGAAAGGAUUCAAUCACUGUGGGAACCUUCUUACACUGAUUCAGUGUGCAAUUCGGAAAGGGAUCAUCAUUACAUUACCCUGAAAAAUUAUAUUAAAUAUGUGAUAGCACGAAUUCGAUAUAAAUUGGACGAUGAAGAAGACGAAAUUGAGGGUCGCGAGAAUAGCGGGAUUUCCGAAUGGGCGUGGACAAAUUGGUCCGGCUUAAAGUUAGUCCUCGCCAUGGUGUACAUUGAACGAUUAAGGAAGGCGAAUCCAUGCUUUCACGGCGAACAAGGGUGUUCGCAUCGCGUCUUUUUCAUCGCAUUUGUUAUUGCGUCCAAGUACGUGGACGCAAGUUUCUCCAAGAGCUGUUCCGAAGGAUUAGACGAUGAUUCAUCGGAAGAAUCAUAUAUAGAUUCAGACGAGGAAUUGGAUUAUGAAUCGGGGGGAGGACAAUGGACAGAACAAAUUUUUGAUAUUGAACAAUACGGGACUCGGAGAGAUUCAACAGAAGAGGAACGAAGGAAUGAUGACGGGUGGCGCGCGGAAGGUUUAAUACUUGAAGAAUGGACAUUGACAGAUGCGCGGCCCGUGUGGGAAGAUGCGAUUCACACAACACCAACAAAUCACAAUUACUCCAACAACCUUCAAGGUAUUACACUGACAGACACGUCACUAAUAGCGCAUACAUUAUUACUUAUCCCUCAUAACAAUUCUUACUAUUGGUCAAACAUUACCAAUCACGUGUUUUCACCGAACGAGAUAACACGCAUGGAAAUUGACUUUCUAUACAUGCUAAGAUUCAAUCUUGUAGUCAACGAAGACGACAUAAUAGAGUGUUGGAAGAGGUGCAUGGAUAGUUGUCAAUUAGUACCCGGGGAUUUGAGUUUACGGGAUUAUAACAAGUUAGGCACCACCACGCUUGACUUUGAACAUCAUUUCGGCGGAUUCAUUAUCGGAGGGGAAUUAGGAAAUUGUGGUGACGGAAUCGUGCCACAACAAUAUUAG